GGCUUUUUCUCCCUAGCGCCCGCAACUCCAGGCUGAGAACUUCUCCCCGCCCCGACCGCUGGGCGCGUACUCGGCGACCCUCUGUUCCCGCAACGCAUCCCCGGCCCGCCCCCGCCUCUGGCCGCGCCACCACCCCCUGGUGGCCGCCGGCCGCGCUUCUCUCACUUACAAAGGAGGGAAAAUGAGCCAGGCGGCGGCGGCGCGGCGCGGGGCGACCACGGCGGCCGCAAGCCCGGCCGUCCCUGGCACCACGUAGAACGCCCCCGCCCGCCUAUCCUGGGUCUGGACCCCAGACGUGUCUGCGGCCGGCCGCUCUCUUUCCGAACCCUGUGCGUCGCCUCCCGGCCCGAGGCGGAGGCGGAGGAGGAGGAGGAGGCGCCGCCUUCCCCGCGCAGCGGGCUCUUGCUGUUGUCUGCGCACCGCUCUGGACCAGUUUGGGGAAGUUGCCGGAGCCCUGCGUCGCCCAGAUGUGCGACCUCAUUGAACCGCAACCGGCCGAGAAGAUCGGCAAGAUGAAGAAGUUGCGAAGAACUUUGUCGGAGAGUUUCAGUCGCAUCGCUUUGAAGAAAGACGAUACCACCUUUGAUGAGAUAUGUGUCACAAAGAUGUCAACACGGAACUGCCAGGGAAUGGACUCAGUGAUCAAACCCCUGGACACAAUUCCUGAGGAUAAAAAAGUCAGGGUUCAGAGGACACAGAGCACUUUUGACCCAUUCGAAAAGCCAACUAAUCAAGUGAAGAGGGUGCAUUCCGAGAACAAUGCUUGCAUUAACUUUAAGACCUCCUCUGCGGGGAAAGAGUCGCCUAAAGUUAGACGGCACUCCAGCCCCAGCUCGCCGACAAGUCCCAAAUUUGGAAAAGCUGACUCAUACGAAAAACUGGAAAAGCUAGGGGAAGGAUCUUAUGCUACAGUAUACAAAGGGAAAAGCAAGGUAAAUGGGAAAUUGGUAGCACUGAAGGUGAUCAGACUGCAGGAAGAAGAAGGCACACCUUUCACAGCUAUCAGGGAAGCUUCUCUGUUAAAAGGAUUAAAACAUGCUAACAUAGUGCUGCUUCAUGAUAUCAUCCACACCAAGGAGACGCUGACACUUGUGUUUGAAUAUGUGCACACUGAUUUAUGUCAGUACAUGGAUAAACACCCUGGGGGGCUGCAUCCACACAAUGUGAAGUUGUUUUUAUUUCAGUUGCUGCGAGGGCUGUCUUACAUCCACCAGCGGUAUAUUUUGCACAGAGACCUGAAACCACAGAACCUUCUGAUCAGUGACACGGGGGAGUUAAAGCUGGCAGAUUUCGGUCUUGCAAGAGCAAAAUCCAUCCCUAGCCACACAUACUCCAAUGAAGUGGUUACUUUGUGGUACAGACCUCCAGAUGUUCUCCUGGGCUCGACAGAGUAUUCUACCUGCCUUGACAUGUGGGGAGUCGGCUGCAUCUUUGUUGAAAUGAUCCAAGGGGUUGCUGCUUUUCCAGGAAUGAAAGACAUUCAGGAUCAACUUGAACGAAUAUUUCUGGUCCUUGGAACGCCAAAUGAGGACACAUGGCCUGGAGUUCAUUCUUUACCACAUUUUAAGCCAGAACGCUUUACCCUGUACAGCUCUAAAAACCUUAGACAAGCGUGGAAUAAGCUCAGCUAUGUGAAUCAUGCAGAGGAACUGGCCUCCAAGCUCCUACAAUGUUCCCCAAAGAACAGGCUAUCAGCACAGGCAGCCUUGAGCCACCAGUAUUUCAGUGACCUGCCCCCGCGGCUAUGGGAACUGACUGAUAUGUCUUCUAUUUUUACCGUCCCAAAUGUAAGAUUGCAACCAGAAGCUGGAGAAAGCAUGCGGGCCUUUGGGAAAAACAAUAGUUAUGGCAAAAGUCUAUCAAAUAGCAAGCACUGACAAGCACAAAAUUCUCAAGAGAGUGCAGGAUUAAGUUGUCAUCAUUCUGGGAAGAGAAAAAACAUUAAUGAAGUGGCUGAUAAUAUGAAGGGAAUCAUGGAUCUGUUUCCUUUCACUCCCUGUGGUGGAUUUCGCAUACAAGAAAACUGAAGCCGGCAAGACCCUGUUUUUUCAGCAAUUUAUUUAAAACCUUGCACGCAUUUGGAUACCUUGUGAUUUCCAAGAACUAUGUGAAGAUUAAGCUUUGCUUACUGAUACAUGGCAUGUAUUCUUUUCAGUCCUUUGUGUUUGAUUUUGUUUGAUUUCCCUCUGCAGCACAGCGUCUCUGUAAAGAUUUUUAUGCUUUCACCAGCCGUGUCUUAAAUACAUUAAGACAACACAUUUGGUGUUCGCAUUUCUUCAGUAAUGUCUGGACAUGAAAGCCACACAGUGGCAUAAAACAAUGAAUGUUUUCUUUGGGAGCAGGGCACAUUUUUCAGCCAGUAGGAAGGAAAUUUUUAGCUAAGGAAACCCAUGUCCUCUGGCUGACUUGACAAUUUUUUGAUCCCUGUCCAUGGGGCAUUACCAAGUUGACUCACAUUUUGGGGACAUUUGCCUAUGUGAGAUUUUCUUGGAAAUAACUGCGCAUUUAUAUAGGAUAUCAGAAACUGCUAAGCAUUUUCAAGCCAUAUAGCAUGACUGUUUUCAGAAUAGGUUGGAAGUGAAGUAACAAAUAUCAAGCAUUAAGAACAGUGACUGGCACAAAUUGCUUAGUUUUCAACCUUUGGAGAUUGAGGUAACUUUUUAAUGGUUUCUGGGUCUUGUCAACAUCUUUUUUUUCCAUUCAUGCUGUUACACUUUGUGAGUAGUUUCUAAAUGGAGAAGAGAGUGAGGAACAGAAUGCUUAAAACUUGGGUGCAAAGAAUCAUUUUUACUAGAUGAACCCUGGGAGCUAGCUGUCUUUGCUGGACAUCAUUUAAAAAGCAAAUUGCGAAGUUACCCAGAGUUAACAGAUUGCUCCUUUACACCAAAGCACCUAUGAAUUCCAUUUUGUUUCAACAUUCCAAUCUGAUUGGAAGAUAUCCCCAGGUACCUUACUUUAAACAGUCUUCUGGAAUAAUUGUUCAAGUGCAGGUUUUAGAAACAAUGCAAGGAUCUUGCUUUAAAGAUAGGAAAUGGAAAAAGAAAGGCCCAGCUUCCCUUGAUUAAGGGAUUAAGGGACCUUAGAGGAAGAAGGCGAAUACGUGGCACUGAGGGCAAAGGGCACUGGGCACGCACUGGGCUUCGUUAGGAAGGAAAGCUGCCUGGCUCCAGCCUCGCUUCAAAAUCCCAAAUAAUACCGAAGCUGAGGGGGUGGUUAGGAAACUUCAUCUAAAGCAUGAAACCUAUCUCCUCAGGACAUAGAUACCCAAAUGGAAAUACCUUCCUGCACAUUGUUUUACAUUUUCUCAUAGUCAGAGGAAAGGCGAGAGUAAGAGCUUGAAACAUGUCACACUUUUUAGGAUCAGGACUACGAAUUAUGAGCCAAUUUGACAAGUACUUUCUCUGAGAGUCAGGCAAGGGAAAAACUUUUCUGUUGUCAAACCUGAUAGGCUGAGGAAAUUAGACUCAAAUUCCUAAACAUUAAAAUGAUCCCUUCCCUGGAGUGGGGUGUGAGUAUACAUGUCACGGUCAUGGUCCAUCCUAAGCAGAGUAGUAUUUGUCAUAAGCUUAUAGUAACUGCUAAGCGAGGAAUUCUUUGCUGAUUGAUCUUAAAGAGAGCAAAAGUUAUCCAAGGCUAGAAUGUUUACCAUUUGCUACCUAGAAAACUUUCCCAUUCCCUUCAUGCAAUCCAAGCCAUUGGAAGUUUUUAGAGGUAUUUUGAUUUAAAGUGUACUUAAAUUAGAAUUUCCUGAAGUAAUAUGGGAAGAACAUGUAUGUGCAAACACAAACUGCCUGUCCUGUGAUUCAUUUGGGAUCAUUCAUUUGGGGGAGAGACACAAUUUUUGUAUUUCACUCAAUAUAACUCAAACAACUGAUGAGUCAAUCUUGUUAUUUAAUAAGCUUUCUACUUAAAAAUUUGAAAAUAUUUAACCUAGAAAGACUUCAAUUAUGUUAGAGUCAUUAAGAGAUGUAUGUCUCUGUCACAGGCAGCUUCUCUUGGGAAGUGAAAAGCAAACUACUCAGUGGUGGGGGUGGGGAAGAAAAACAAACAAAUGCCUGUUGUAGUACAGAGACCGAAGAUUGCAUUUAGGGGGGUUUUAAUUCCCCAUACCUACCAUCAGUAUAGGAAAUCCAAAGUUUGGUUUGUCUCCUCUCUUUGCCUCUCCUAUUUGAAAUCACAUUCUCUCUCCCCUUCUUUGCCCUCCCAACCUGUCUGAGGUUUUCUUCUUUAAAUCUUGAAAGUCAAUCUCUGUGUUCAUUAGCAGAUUUAUUAGUCUAUUUAGAAAGCACUGGAAUGUUUUGUGAGAUUAUUUUUAUAUGAAGGAAUAGUAAGAACACCUUAGGAUGGUAAUUGUAUCAACAUCACUGCACACACAAUAUUCUGGAAGGAGGUUUGGGACUUAAUUUCCAUUUUCUUAAAGGAACAGUUUGGCUGGGUUAAAUACAAGAUGCAUAGGAUAUGACACAUUUUUUGCAGUGCUUAGAAAAAAAUACGGGCAUAAGGGAGGAUUGGCUGGCUGUCCACGGAUGCAAGGGUGAGAAGCUGUUUCUACCUCCCAAGAAUGGUUAGAAUAGUUUCUAGAGGAGCCUCCAGGCUUCAGGAGAAAGCAAGGCCUCUUGGUAUCCUUCCCUCAGUGUGUGUAUGGCAGUCAGUGUAAUCAAUACCCUAGGUUAUGCUUCUAUAUAAAAUACUCAUCUGUGAAUAUUAUUGGUUUUGUAAUCUUUGUUAUAUAAGAUGUUUAGGUUGUACAUACUGGGGUAGAAUACUGCCUGCCCCUAUACAUAGGAAUAUGUUGCAUAAUUGCGCAUAACUUCCAUCUCCUUACUGGCUUAUAGGUGGAGGAAACUGUAUAUGUUACUGCCUUGCAACAAUUGUCUCAUACACCAAAUAAAUAAAUAAAUAAAAUGAAAUACAAAUAAGCAAUCUCCCAUUAUCACUCCCCCUUUCCACAACAGCCUAUUUUUGACGCACAUACAAAUCUACAUUCUCUUGUUGGAAGUGGAUUUUUUUUAUUUUUCCUUUUUUUUUUUGUAUGAUGCACUGAGAUGUGAACUUUUUAACAGGUUUGAUACCUAAGAAAUGUGCUAGCAUCAUUCAGAAAACUAUUAUACUUCAAAAUGACAUAUAGUAAGGAGAAUGGAAUGAUACAUGUUGCAUAUUUGUUACCAGUUGUAAUUUGUCUGUAUUAUGAAAGAUGUAAUGGUUUGUCAGCUGUCACUGUUGCUUUCUUGUAACAUGAUAUGGAAUAAAGUAUAGGAGAAUCUCUGUA